AUGCAGCCCGAAGCGAACUUACCGCCGAACCAACCGGGUUGUCCAUGCGGACAUCACCGCCGUUGCUUGACGUGCUUACUGAACGAUGUGCCCUGCGUCUCCGGACCAGAGCCCGGUUUGGAAUGUGCACGCUGCGCCGAGGGCGGCGGCAUCUGCGAGUGGCCUCGUUGCGAUGACCACAAGUUUCAUGCUCUCUUACUUGACGGCAUCCGCCGCGACACCGACAAGAAGGCCAAAUGGGUCGAGUCCGCCAUCCGCACCCUCUACAUGGCCGUCAUUAGCUGCACCAAAUGCCGGCAAGCCUACUCCCUACGUCGAAGACACGAGACGCACACGGCGACUGUCCCAGGCCCACAGCGGGCCGCGUGGAGCAACCUCACUUCACCCGCCACCAACGACGAUACCGAUCCUAGUCUCACCUGCACCUGCUGCAUCUUGAAGCGCGCCGUCUACGGACCGAACUCGGUUACCUGCCACCCGAAGACCGUCCGCGAGCAGAAGGAGAACGACGCGUGCGAGUUUGGCACUUUCGGCUGCACCUCGUGCAAGGAAGAUGGCAAUCACUGCCUCACAGCGACGUGCGCGGCCCACAGGGAGAGGGUUCGCCGCUGGGCAGUUGCGCAGCUGAAUGGACAGAUUCCGCCUGAGGCCGCGCGUCACUACGCCCGCUCGCUCGACUACGAGAUCCGAGCAUGUGCGGAGUGCGUUGCAGUCAACUCGCACCUUACUACGAAAGGCUGGGUCUUCUUCCGCUACAGAGACCUUGGAGCCCGAGUGGCCAGCGUCUUUGGCCUCGAACUUGACUGCUGCUACCACAUGGGGGACCUGAUUUCUCGUGUGGACCUUCCACUCCUUACGAUGCCUGCGGUGCUCUCAGUUCUUUCGGAAGAAGAUGGAAUAGCCGACCUCGACGGCCGAACUCUUCUGGAAACACGCUACCGCCACAUGUUCUCCAGCCAGGCGAUCUCAGAUCUGUUCAGCAGAUAG